AAAAUUAAUAAAUAUUUGAUAAAUCACCGAUUCUGUUUUGUCGUACCGUCGAAGAUGAAUAAAAAAUACACUGCUGUGAUUUUCGCCGUUUUGGUGGUGGCUGCCGAGGCCAACGUGGCUGCCAAGGUGCCGCGGCCGGAAGCACUUCCUGCGUUGGAAGAACGCAAUUGGGGUGAUCUUGGUUUGUCAGCGGACGUGAACGAAUAUGUGGACAAUACUAUCCACAUGCUUAUACCCUUUAUGAGGGAGAAUGGCCUCGAGCCAAUGGAGCUGCCAGAAAUUACUGAAGGAUUUUCAGUGAGGCCGAUUCUGAUCACAUAUAGUGCAUAUUUGACGAUCCACGACGGUUACAUGACUGGAUUAGUAAACGUAGCCCGCUCUGGGGACCAGACUGUCAAUUACUUUGCCAAGAUGCUGCGCGUCCGUGUACGGCUACAGUUCACUAACUUAGAGUUUAUCUUCAGAUACUUAGUAAGAGUAAUGAACUCGGUAUUGAUGAGAUAUACAGGAGGUAUCGUUGCAUCGCUGAACAGAUUUGUGGUCACUGUAGAUCUCCUCAUAGACUUUAACAACGACGAGAUUCAUCUUCAGGAGUUCUCUCUUACCGACAUUGGUCGCUUGCGCGUCCGUUUGACUGGCAACAUCUUGACCGACUGGUUGAUCAACCCGGUGAUCAGCGUGUUCACGUUCAUCUUCGACAACAUGAUCAUCAGGAUCGUGGCUAACAACAUUCGCUCGGCUAUACAAGACGGAAUUGACGUCAUCAACACCGGAGUUAAGACCGUUGUCGACCAUCUUGAAUCGUUCAAUUGAUUUAUCUAAAUUUAACGUGUAACAACUAAAUCGCCUUUGUAAAUAAAAUUUAUUCGAGACUUUUAUAGCGAUAACCAA